AAAAACUUUUAACCUCCAAUUUCCACAUGAUCUUGCAGGAAAACAAUCUCUUUUUGGUGGGCCACCCAUCCCCCUGCAUCACCAUGUCCAAGUACCUGAAGCAUUUCUCCACGGUAGGUGAUGACCACACAACCCAGUGGCAGGAUGAGGAGCUGCAUGAGGCUAGUGAGGAGCUGGGACCAGCCACAGGACAGAUGCCCCUGGGGGAACUCACCUUCAGAGACUCCCUGAAGAGGCUCUACAGCGCCAACAGAUUCCAGGUAUGGAAUAUGAGUGGAGUAGGCAAUGCUCAUACUAUCAAUCCAACACAGCUAGUAAAUGUUACCUUUGCUCAAAUCAAAUUUCAACUGUGGAUGGGGAACAUAUGUGUGUGUGUGUUUCAGUCUAGGCUGCAAAUAUGAGACAGUAAAAUUAACUCACAUAUGCUUGUCAGAAGGUUGGUCUUGUCUGAUGUUGGGUGUUUCACUCUGGUUUGGAUCACUGUGGUGUUGGUCUUCUCUGAUGAGCGUUUGCCUCUGGUUUAGAUAGUUGUGGUGUGCCUGGUCAUCCUGGAUGCCAUCUUUGUGCUGGUCGAGCUACUGAUCGACGUGUCAAUCAUCGAUUUGGAGCAUGGACACAUUGCCCCUCAGGUGAGAGAGUCUAGAGUGCAGUGUUUCCCAAACUCGAUCCUGGGGACCACAACACUACACAGCUGCUUCAAAUAAUCAAGUCAUUAUCAAGCAGUGAUUAUUUGAAUCAGCAGUGUAGUGCUAGGGCAAAAACCAAAAUGUGCUGCCCUUGGGGUCCCCAGGGCUGAGUUUGGGACACGCUAGUCUAGUGACUAGUCUGUCAAAAUCACACAAUUUAUGUGCGUCCCAAAUAACACCCUAUGGGCCCUGGUCAAAUGUAGUGCACUAUAUAGGGAAUAGGUUGUCAUUUGGGACACAGCCCAAAAAAUCUGUGACCCAAACCUUCCUACAACAACUCUUCUGUCCUUUCUGUCUUCCCCAGGUGUUCCACUACCUGAGUCUGGCUCUUCUCACCUUCUUCAUGGUGGAGCUGGCUGGGAAGCUCUUUGCUUACCAGCUUGAGUUUUUCUAUCACAAGUUUGAGGUGUUUGACGGACUGGUGGUGAUUGUGUCCUUCAUCCUGGAUGUUGUGUAUACAGCCAGUGAAGAUGCUUUUAACGCCUCCAUGGGCCUCCUGAUCCUCCUCAGACUCUGGAGGGUGGCCAGGAUAGUCAACGGUGAGAGAUUCCCCACUGUUCAUGUUCAUUAGGCAUCAAAAGGAGGGACUCCCUGGACAUGUCCAAUAAACACUAAUUUUCAUUUUCCAUUGUGAAACAUUUUAAAGCUUUAUCCAAUGCAUGCCCUAAUGAACACAACCUUUGUCACAUGGCUAGCUAGGUCACCAAUGUUGUAAAAUGGGUUUGUGUCCAACAUUUCAUGUUUUCUCCCACAACUCAGGUAUCCUGUUGUCUGUGAAGACAAGGGCCGAUCACAAAGUUCACAAGCUGAAGGAGAGCAAUGAUAAACUGGUCCUGCAAGUUAAUGAGCUACAAGAGCGCAGCGGCAAGACGGUGAGUUGGCCAGCCCCCGGGAACCCAAACCCCCACCAGCCCAAGACAAGUUUCAAGAUAUUUACAUUUUGGUCAUUUAGUAGAGACUCUUAUACAGAGUGUCUUACAGUCAGUCAGUAGACCCUGUUUUAACACACCCUUCAAUCUCUUCCCCCUCUUUAGGAACAAGAGAACAGUAAACUACGGGCUCUCCUGCGACAGCAUGCAAUUGAGUUCUGAUGCAGGAAGAGGAACAAGAUGCCAUUUUCAUUAUCCACUUAUAACAUUUUAUUGGAAUUGAUCAAUAAACAAGGGUAUAUUCUGAAAAGUGUUGACCAUCCAUACACCAAUUGUGUCAGUAAUUCCACCAUGACAGGCGCUUACACUGUCCAGAUAGAUAGGUCCCUGUUUGUACUCUUGCCAACUCAAUUGCUGUCAUUGUCAAACCAAACAUUUGGCAUGACAAUGAAUGACAAGGAGUUGGUAUGAUAGCAAAGACUGGCACUCAGGCUAGAUAGAUUCCACAUGAUUAGGUCAACCUUCCAACCAUUAUCUGCAUAUUUAAGCAGAUUUUAAAAGCUGAUCAGAUUUCAUUGAUUAGUAUGAUUCAUAUCAUAUGCCAGUAUCCCACUUUGCA